CGCCCCGCUCCUCCCCGCACCGACACCUCCCACCACGUUCGCCGGGAUAAAUAGAGGAAAGCGCCGCUCUGGAGCCGGCCAUCGACGGAAUCGCCCUCGAGAGACUGUUCUUGUUGCUCUGGUGAUGUCAAGGAUGAGCAUUUCUGUAUUCCGAUCCGUGAAUCCUUUGGCGACGAGAGGAGAUAUUGCAGAGUGCUGUUGAAUGUUGGGUGAGUUCCCUGUUUUCGUGCGCAAAAACUGGUUUUUUGGGGGCUUCUUGAUUUGUGUUGAUCUCGAGUUUGGGUAUUAUUGUGUAGAUUGUGGGUUCCGUGUUGCGGUUUACUGCUGGGGUUUUGGUGGUCGUAGGAAAUGGAGUGGUAGCGAGCGGUGCGAGGAGGAAAGGCGGGGUUUUGAUCGGGAUCGCGUAAGCAAUGCCGUUCCAGAUGAAGAUCCAACCGGUGCACGCGAGCGGAGCGGUGGCUUUCCUGCCGCGGAGCGACCCGGUGAAGCCUGCGGCCAAGUCGCGGCUGAAGCGGCUCAUUGAGCGGCAGUUCCCGAGUGUCCUGAGGAGCUCCUCGGCGGAGAAGACUGCCGGAUUCGGGGAAAGGAGGGAAAAGGAGAGGGAGGACGGAGGCGACAUCGAGCCCAGUUCGGUGUGCUUGGACAGGAUGGUCAUCGGUUUCAUCGAGGGGGGAUACCACGAGAAGCAGCCGCGGGGUCGAUGCAACUGCUUCAACGCCAACUUCGACUACAGCUCCGACGACGACUUCGAUGCCCGCGACGGCGAUGCUCCGGGCUGCGCCGCUGCCCCCAGCGACGUGGCCGAGGCGGUCAAGAGUUUGGUGCUCUGCGCGAGCGUGGUGGAGAGAAAUCUCUUGGCAGAUGCGUCGAAGAUCCUCGAGAAGGCGAAGAACUCGAAGAACAAGGGCGAGUGUCGAAGGAUGGUAUCCGAUGGGCUUCGAUCCCUGGGCUAUGACGCCGCCAUUUGCAAGUCUCGGUGGGAUAAAGAUCCCUCCUUUCCGGCCGGGGAAUACGAGUACAUCGACGUGGUAAUGGACGGCGGCGACCGAUUCCUGGUGGACGUGGACUACAGGUCGGAAUUCGAGGUCGCGCGACCCACCAAGUCAUUCCGCGCGGUCCUCCAGCACCUGCCGCAGGUGUUCGUCGGGCGCUCCGACCGGCUGCAGCAGAUCGUCGCCUUCGCCUCGGAGGCGGCACGUCAGAGCCUGAAGAAGAAAGGUCUUCACGUGCCGCCAUGGAGGCGACCCGAGUACAUGAAGGCCAAGUGGCUCUCCCCCUACCGGCGGACGGCCGACAGGGAAGCCAAGGAGGAGUCGGCGAGCGGAGGGGAGGUCAUCCCCUGUUUGAUCUCGUCCGUCAACUUCUCUGGCGUGUCCGAGGAUUGCGGCGCCGGAGAGGUGGCAGACGACAGGACCAAGGGGGUCAUCUCACCAUGGCGGCCGCCGCCUGCGAGGCCGCACGCAGGGGUUAAGGUCGUCACCGGCCUUGCUCUGGUCCUCUAACAGUAUGGAAGGAGAAUCAGUCCUUCCUUUCUUUGUGGCAAGAUUGGAUUUUUAUUGCUCUUAAAGUUUUGAGCUGAGAAGAGAACGCUGCUUCUGUAGAGUACUAAUCUUCCAAGUGGAAUCCACCAUGGGAUGAUGUCUCAUGAUCUA